AUCCUUUAAUUGUGUGGAAAUGAUUGAUGGAUUUAAAAAUAAUUUUCAUAAUACUUCCCCCUUUUUCUAUAUUUCUUAGUAUGUUCCUCUAUCUGGCACGAGAAAUGUUUCAACAACACCAUGAGGGAUUCUUCAUUGGUUUCUGAAGAAAGUGACCCAAGUGAUGAAGUGUCAGAGGAAGAAUAUGUCCCUGAUUCUGUAAGCUCUUCAAGUGAUUCAGACAAAAUCUCAGAUAAGAAGCUACCACAACGUGAACAGUUUGAAGUUCAAGAAGAAGAAAUGUCUUUAAAGACUACUGCAAGAACUGAGGAUGCGGAGAACAUCCAGUCGUCUAGUGUAUCUUCUACUGAGAAGAAAAAUUAUUGCUUUGUUUGUGACAAGCCACAAUCUAAACUUGCUCGACACUUCCAAGUUCAUGAGAAGACACAUGCAGAAGUUGCUGAAGUUUUGGCUCUACCAAUAAAUUCGAAAAUGCGUAAACUAAAGUUGGAUCGUUUAAGGAACAAGGGAAACUGUAAACACAACUCUGAGGUUUACAAAAGUGGCAGUGGACUGCUAAAAAUCAAACGCAAACCAAAGAAGAUAUAUGACUUGAACCAGUAUGUGCACUGCACUUAUUGCCAAGGGCUUUAUCUUCGCAAGCACUUCUGGCGACAUGCUCAUAAAUGUAAAGCAAAACCACUGCAAGAUGAACAAGAGAGUGGAAGGGUCUUGACUUUGGCCUCAAUGGUGGACUCAUCCUUGUGUCAACAAAUAUCCCAAAGUGUUUGGAAGCUCUUAUCUGUGAUGAGAGAUGAUGAAGUGGCUACUGCUGUACGAAGUGAUUUUAACAUACUUCAGCUUGCACAGUCAUUUUUUAAUAAACAUGGCCAAGAUCCCACCAAGCACGAAUAUAUUCGUCAGAAGAUACGUGAAGUUGGAAGACUCCUUCUAAUCCUGCGCAAAGAUUAUUCAGUAUACAAUCUUGAAGAAGCAGUCAGGCCUUCAAAUUUCCAUACACUUGUCCAAGCUGUUAAGAAAGUCUCAGGGUUUGAUGAAGAAAAGCAUUCAUUCCAAACGCCAAGCCUUGCUCUGAAGUUAGGGCAUUCGUUGCACAAGAUUUGUGACAUUAUAAACUGUAAAGCUUUGAUGACAGGAGACUGUGAGCUAAAAAAGUCAACCCAAGCUUUCAAAAAACUGUACUCAACUAAGUGGUCUGAACUAGUGUCUCACACAGCUUUAACCACCUUAGAUGACAAGCACUUCAACAAACCAUCCACUCUCCCGUUCACUGAGGAUGUUAAACGUCUUCACCAACAUCUUGAAAAGGUUGGAAAUUCAGCAUCAGAGACCUUGAAAUGCGAUCCAUCACCACAAGCCUAUGGAGAACUUUGUAAAACUACACUGUCAAAAAUAAUUUUGUUCAACCGAAGACGAGGGGGAGAGGUUUCUAAAAUGCACCUGUCUGCCUUUGCUAUGAGGGACACAUCUCCUUUACAUAAAGAUGUUGCACUUGGUCUUUCACAAUUUGAACAAAAACUCUGUGCCCAUUUCAGCCGUGUUGAAAUUAAAGGUAAGAGGGGGCGAAAGGUUGCUGUACUAUUGUCGCCAGACAUGGUGGAAGCCAUCAACAUUCUCAUCAGCAGAAGACAAGAGUGUGGAGUGCCACAGAAAAACCCUUUUCUCUUUGCUCGACCCCACUGUCUCACUCCGUUUCGCGCACAGGACUGUCUGAGGCUUUAUUCAAAUCAGUGUGGUGCUCAAAGACCUGACCUGCUUCGAUCAACACAACUACGCAAGCAUGUUGCAACAUUAUCACAGGUUUUGAAUCUCAAAAACCAUGAACUGGACCAAGUUGCUGACUUUCUGGGACAUGAUAUUCGUGUUCAUAGAGAAUAUUAUAGGCUGCCAGAGGCCACAACCCAACUUGCAAAAAUAUCAAAAUUACUUAUUGCAUUGGACAAAGGGGCACUUUCUGAUCUUCAAGGCAAAACACUGGAGGAGAUAGAAAUUGAAGAUGAGCUUGACCUGACAGACUCUGAUGGAGGUGAAGAAAGUGAGACCGAGGAAUUGACAGAAUGCAGCACAAAUGAAGAACCCAGUGAACCUCCAGGCACCAGAGAUGGUAUGGAUAUCCAUCAGCAUGUUUAUUUCAAACUGACUUGGUGUUUUUGUACUUGAUAAUGUCAUUUAUAU